AUGGCCCUCCUCAAGAGCGACCGACCCUCACGCGACGCCAAAUCCUCCACACCCCACUCCUCGCCCCUUGCCCGGGUCAUGCGCGAGUUCGAGGAGCUCGUUGAGAGUUUCGAGGCUGGCUUGCUACGCUCGCUCGCCGACGACCAAGACGGCACCGCUGCCGACACAUUACAUCUCAAGGACGCCUCGAGCGACCGCGUCCGCCGCGAGGCAUGCCGACUGGCCAUCUCCGAUCUGAGCAACAAGUACACGCCCACGUACAUCCGCCGCUCGCUCAACGCCGCCGAAUUGGAGGGGAAACGAGUCGAGGACCAACUGCAAACCCUCUCUUCCAAUGGAACUAUAGACGCAGACGCCGAUGCCGAUGCCGAUGCCGAUGCCGACGACGGCAGCCGCUUGGGCUCCCUGUACAAUGGCUACUUCCGCCUCUACUCGACAGAGCUCUUUGACCUCUUGGGCCAGCCCGCCUAUCUACGCUUCGGUACUCUGCGCUUUCACAAUAACUCGGCCGUUCAACACACCGACGCAGCCUCGCAAGACCAGUCGCAGCCGUCCAGGGUCUCGGUUGAGCUUGCCCUCAACGAUUCCUUCUUCGUCGCCGACUCGGAGGAGACGCUGCCGUACCACACAUUCCGCCUCCCCACCGGGCCCUCUCUCCAAAACCGCGGCAUACUCAGCAGAAAGCCCGAGGACAACGGUGCCUUGCCCCAGUACGACUCGUGGUUGCUUUUUACCUUUCUCGGUAAUGGCUGCAUCAAGCUCGAGGUGCCCAUUGAAAUGUGCGCAGACAUAUACCGAGGCCGUCUGCAAGGAUGCGAAAACGAAGAGGUUCUCUUUUGGGGCUUCUUCGUGGACGAUGAGGACAACGAGUAG